AUGGCGGCUGCCGCCUGCACUACCGUUAACAACGCUGCCGUUAACAACCCGCAGAAACAACACCGGAGGAAAAGUAGAGAUACGCGGCGGAGACAAGCAGCUCUCUUUUUCCUUAGUAACAUUUCACUAGAUGGACGGCCAGUACAACAGACAUACCAUGGAAACCGAGACAGCGAGUUGCUGGGGGGCGAUAUCGGGGCGACAGUGGUCGGGAUGUUAACCGUGUCUAGCUAUGGGACCUUCACUAACCUACCAACGUCUGUGAGCUGCGGGACCGUUGGGAACGUUUGCGCCGUUCCGGGACUCGGAGUUAUCACUGUCCCGCCUAUCCUCGUUCUGCCUUCGGACUCGUUCAAUGAUGGGACAACGGAGGUAUUUCUGGAGAGGCGAGGAGGAUCGUUUUCCUCGCAGGGAAACCUCCUCUCUCCCUCGGGUCUCCUUCCUACUCCUCUCGGACGACGGAAGUCCUCCACGUUGCUGUCGGUCCAGAGUUGUAAUUCGGUGACUUCGGAAACGGGACGGAGUCGGACUCGUAACCUGUUGGGCUCCCCCAGACAUCACCCUGUGAAGAAGGUCCACUUCAUCAAGAACAUGAGACAAUACGACACACGAGGCAGCAGGAUCGUGUUGAUCUGUGCCAAGCGUUCUCUGUGUGCAGCCUUCUCAGUGUUACCCUAUGGAGAGAGCUUUCACAUCAGUGACUCCAAGUUGGACAGGUGUAGGCAUUCAUCAGGGAACAUCUCUACCAGUCUGGAGAUGAUGCCUGGACUGGAAGGGUUCGAACUGGAGCCCUACGGCAAGACGGUGUCAUAUGCCCAGUUUCUGUACCCGACCAACGCCCUGGUCCGUCAGAAGACCCCCUCGGUGGACAUUACCCUCCAGGUGCCCCUCAACCAGGUGACCCGGAGCAGUAACCCCAGAAACUACACCCCAACCAGGCUCAACUGCAACGUGGGACUGGACCUGGGUGUGGAUGAGGCAUCAGACUAUGACCCCAACCUUCUGAGUGACCCCCAGUGGCCCUGUGGGAAACACAAGAGAGUCCUGAUCUUCGCCUCAUACAUGACGACAGUGAUAGAAUAUGUGAAGCCGUCUGAUCUGAAGAAGGACAUGAACGAGACGUUUAAAGAGAAGUUUCCUCAAGUCAAGCUGACACUCAGCAAGAUCAGGAGUCUAAAGAGAGAGAUGCGUACAGUGGGUGACGACUGCGGCCUGCAGGCGGUCACCGUGGCGAUGGCAUUUGUUUACUUUGAGAAGCUGGUCCUCCAGGGACGACUCAACAAACACAACAGGAAGUUGGUCUCUGGAGCCUGCGUGCUGCUCGCUGCUAAGAUCAGCAGCGACCUCAAGAAGCAGGACGUCACUCAGCUCAUAGAUAAACUAGAGGAGCGUUUCCGUAUCAGUCGGAGGGAGUUGAUCCCGUUUGAGUUCACUAUCCUUGUUGCCCUGGAGAUGGCUCUGUACCUGCCUGAGAGAGCCAUCAUGCCACACUACCGACGCCUGGUGCAGCAGAACUAGGGCCACGCCCACUGCUGCACCCACGUGGACGGGAGCCACGCCUCCAAGGGUCUGUAGACUGGACAUGGGGAGGAGCCACGCCUACAAGGGUCUGGAGACUGGACAUGGGGAGGAGCCACGCAGACAAGGGUCUGGAGACUGGACAUGGGGAGGAGCCACGCCGACAAGGGUCUGGAGACUGGACAUGGGGAGGAGCCACGCCUACAAGGGUCUGGAGACUGGACAUGGGGAGGAGCCAUGCCUACACGGGUCUGGAGACUGGACAUGGGGGUGGAGUGAGGGGAGGAGCUACACCUGCUAGGGUCUGGAGACUGGACAUGGGGGUGGAGUGAGGGGAGGAGCUACACCUGCUAGGGUCUGGAGACUGAUCAGGAAAUUCUCUGCCCCCACACCUGGAAACCUGGGCGUUUGAUACCAUUCCACUCCAGCCAUUACCACGAGCCCAUCCUCCCCAAUUAAGGUGCCACCAGCCCCCUGUGCUAAGCACCAUAAAACUCAGAGACUUACUCACCUCAAUAGCGACUCUGGUAUUUUACUCUCACCUUGAAGAAGUAUAAAUUACACCGAUCAGUCUUCCUACAUUUGCUGGUAUUAUUAUCAACAUACAGUAUAUAAUUGCUACACUUUCUAAACCUGAACGUUGCCAUGCUUCCACGUGCCACAAGGGGGUGCUACAGUUCAGCAGUAGCAUUGCAAGAAUACCAGUUCUGCUUCAUACACACUUAUAGGGCUGACCUAAACUGUACCGUUGUGGUUCGGGUUUUCUUCUCUCUUCACAUUGUCCGUUCCAGCAGCUUUGGUGGACGUGUCACCAGGCCAGUUUGGCUCGGUUUGGUCUUAUAGUGGGAAUCGGGUAUAAGAGUAACACACAAACCAGGGAAGAACCUUCUCCAUCACCUUCCUGCCAACAUUUUAAAGGGAAAACAAAUACAAGAAACAUCAGAUUUAACCAAAAAGCAGUUUCAUUUAUUUAUCCUGUUUUAAAAUGUAUAUUUAUUAUAUUUUCAUUUAUUUCUUUGAAAAAUAAGGGAUGUUUAUAUUAUAACCAAACCAGUUCAUUAUUCUGCACCUCUUUGUAGUGUACCUCACAUAAGUUUUCUUCCAGCAUUAUAACCAAGCGUCCGUUAGUAAAAUGUCAUCCCAAAUAGAGCCCUAUUCCCUAACCAAGCAUCCCUUAGUAAAAUGUCAUCCCAAAUAGAGCCCUAUUCCCUAACCAAGCAUCCCUUAGUAAAAUGUCAUCCCAAAUAGAGCCCUAUUCCCUAACCAAGCAUCCCUAGUAAAAUGUCAUCCCAAAUAGAGCCCUAUUCCCUAACCAAGCAUCCCUUAGUAAAAUGUCAUCCCAAAUAGAGCCCUAUUCCCUAACCAAGCAUCCCUUAGUAAAAUGUCAUCCCAAAUAGAGCCCUAUUCCCUAACCAAGCAUCCCUUAGUAAAAUGUCAUCCCAAAUAGAGCCCUAUUCCCCAUAGUACUCUUUGUGUAUUGAAGUGAUGGUGGUGAUUGUUGCUAUGAAAAGAGCCUGAUCUUCCUAACCUUGUCACCGAGUUCCGACAGCAUAUAUUAAACUCUAUGUUAGAGGUGACAUUGACUACAAUGAUCGAAGCACAUUCUAGGGUGCGUUGCGUUCCGCUUCCUCCUCCGACGCAUGUUUUAAUGUUGACGUGCGUCUUAACAUGUGUCACCGUAUAUAACCCUUUGCUUGGCAUCCUAAAUGGCACACUAUCCACUAUGUAGUGCACUACUUCUGACCAGAAAUACUAUAUAUAUAUAUAUAUAUAAUAUAUAUAAUACUAUAAUAGCACUAUAUAGGCUGAUUGGGUGUCAUUUGGGACAAAUACCUUGUUAUAAAGUUGUUGUUGUUUUUUUUUAAAUGUAUCCAAUUUGUAAGUCGCUCUGGAUAAGAGCGUCUGCCAAAUGACUUAAAUGUAAUGUAAUGUAUCUUCGUUUUACAUUGAACUGUUUUAGACUUUUACAUUUUUUUGUACCACAUUUAUUUACCAUUGUUGUUUUCUUCUUCGGUACGCUAAUGAAGACCGUUGAGGUCACGUGUUUGACCCUG